UUAGGAGGUGGUUACACUUGGCCAUUUUCUAGAGUGACAGUAGGAGCGAGUCAAGUUUUUGGCGCCGUUGCCGGGGACGGCUAGGUUGUUGAAGAAACGUGGUUUCUGUUAAUUUAGCUUUUCUUUUUAGCAUUGUUUGCUUUGUCACACUUGUGCCUUCACGGGUUUGCUGCUUGAUUGUGUGCAGGUAGUGCAUGACCCGUAGCCAGACAGGAGGUUUACUGCCGUUGGAUCCGGUGCUUGAACGCACCUGUCGCCAACUUAGGAGACAACAGCGAGCUAGACUGGCUAUGAAGGAGCGCAUAGACGGCCAUUUGAGCAGCGAUUCCGAGGAUGAGUACGAGAUGGAAGGCGAACAUAACCCGCCUCAGGGGAUACCUCUCCAUGUUCCCCCGGUGAAUCAGAUCUUGGGGAACAACCCCAUACCCCAGGUAGAUGGGGUUCAGCAUCAACCACCACCGCCGCCGGGUCCCACCGUGGAGUAUUCUAGUUUGAACUUCUGACAAUUUCAGUUUCAUAUUUUUAUUGCUUAUUUUGGAUAGUACUUUAACUACUGCAUUUUCGCUUACUUUUCGUACUUUAAAUGUUGUAGCACUAGUAGUAUUCAUACUUAUAUUAUAUAUCUAUCGUAUCUAUAACUCUUAAUCAUCUUCAUCUCUUUCUUAGGCGCUUUAUCACUGUGAAAGCCACCAGUAAGACAAAGACCUACACUUGUGUACCUUUAUGAUCUUCUCUUAUGAAACUCCCACAUUGAGGACAAUGAGUUGCUCAAGUGUUAUGGGAUGUGUCUGAAUGUUUAAGUGAUUAUCAUGAUUGAUUGAACCAUGAAUUGCUAGUAUCCUCCUUGGUUUAUGAAUGUAAGACGUUCUAGAGCAUAUACUUUGAUUUUUGUGGCACUCUCUACUUUAUUUACCCCGUUUUAUUACCUCUUCGUCGAUUCUUUUUCUUUCUAGUUUUCUUUUAUUUCUUUUUCUCUUUUCUUUCUUUUCUUUUAGAGGGGGGGGGGGUACUAGAGAGUAAACACCUUUCACAUUG